AAUCAAAACAUAUCUUCUUAGGUCACUAAAAAAUGCUACCCUUCUUUUAAUUAAUUAAUAGAUUGAGAUUAAACAUUCAAUUUUUAUCACUUCAAACGCUCCCUGACAAUAGACAAUGUAGCUUUGGCCUUCUACAUUUUUAAUUAAUUUUCGCAGGGGAAAGACAGAAAGCGGCACAGGAGUAGACGUAGACGGCGACAAUCCCUUUGGCUGAAACCAAAGGGUCAUCUAUCGAUUUCCAGACGCAUCUGCUGGUUUUCACGUCCGAUCUGGUCUCCAAUUCCAUCUCAUCUCCGUGUGCACACACGUAUGCGCUCAUCCGCGCGCGCGUAUCGCUAUAGGAAGCCAUAGAUUUCUCGGAUUUUUGAGGAAUCCUAAUUUUAUCUGGAAUUCGGAGCCCUUUCUCGUCAUUCUGAUUGGACUCGAUGUUUCGCUGUCGCGAUCUGCUUCUCAACCGAUCUAUUUGAGCGUAGUAUGAUAUCUGGUCUUUCUAUUACUGCUUGGAUCUAUCAGCUUGUUGCAUGCAUGGGAGGUUGUCUUGGAUGCUGUACUAAACCCACACCAAUAAUUGCUGUGGAUGAGCCAUCAAAGGGAUUGAAAAUUCAAGGGCGGACAGUGAAGAGAGGCAGCAUUUCAGAAGAUUUUUGGAGCUCCAGCACAUGUGAGAUGGACAACAGUGCGAUUCAGUCUCAGAGAAGUAUCUCAUCCAUCAGCACAUCAAACCAGCCCACUAAUCACUUCAGUGGUGGUGGUAGCACUGGUAGCAAUUCUGAGUUUGUGAACCACGGUCUUCUUCUCUGGAAUCAAACUAGGCUUCAGUGGAGUGGAAGCAAAAAGCCUAAUAACAACACUCAACAGAUUCUGGAACCCAGAAUAAGUUGGAAUGCAACUUACGAAAGCUUACUUGGGACCAACAAGCGUUUCCAUCAUCCCGUUCCCCUUCCUGAAAUGAUUGAUUUUCUAGUGGACAUAUGGGAGCAAGAGGGGUUGUAUGAUUGAAGAGGCAUUCUGGUUUAUUGAUUUUCUAGUGGACAUAUGGGAGCAAGAGGGGUUGUAUGAUUGAAGAGGCAUUCUGGUUUCUUGUAACGUAGUGAGAAUCCUCUCUGAAGUAAGUAGUACCCUUUAAAGGCUUUUGUGUGAAGCUCUGGAGGUUUGAGGGGAAAAAGAAGAAAACGAUCAAGCAACAAAGAAAAUUCCAAGUCAAUUGUAAUAUUACACACUAUUCAGUAAUGUCUAUCCAAUCUGUUUCUUCCAUUUUCCCGUUUCCCUUUUCUGUACAUUCCUUUUGAGUGUGUUCCUCUAUGGCAUUCAAGCUAUAAAAUACAGGAGCAGCAACCCUUCCAUUAUUAA